GUUAGGCAUAGGGGAUAGAUUUUCAAAAAAAUGCUAUUAAUUUUAUUUAUUUCCUUUCAUUUUUACAAAAAAUUUUUACAAAAUUUUUAUUUUUAACAACACGUGUUUUGCACUACUUUUUAUGGCCGCCUUCUUGGUUGGCACGUCACGUGACUUCAUGUGACGUGUUAACCAAGAUGGCGGCCAUUGAGAAAAUAGUGGCAAUCGUAGUCAAAAUUUACUGAAAAAGGAUGGGAAACACUGCUAUAGGCCAUAGGCUAUAGACUUUUUAAAGAGUAGUCUGAUUUUAAUAAAGUAGUAUUAACUAUGUCAGUGUGAUGUCUAAUACUACUAAUACUAUUAGUAUUAGACAUCACACUGUUUUUUAGUAAAGAUUAAAGAUCAUGGACUAAGACUUACUCAGCCUGAACAUACAAUUACAGGACUCAGUGAAUGAGUAAAAGAUGACCAAAAUGAUCAAUAAAUUGAUUGUGGGCCCUUCAGCUAUAGAAGAAGAGGUGAGUUACAGUUGUGUCUCUUUUGUUAGUAAAAGUAGUCAUUUUUGGUGUAGGGCCUACACAGACUGUUGACCUUGUUAGGCUAAGACCAGGACAUGUUAUUUAUUAUUAUCAAUAUUAAUUAUAAUUUUGGUAGUUCCGUUAAGUCGUUAAGUUCGUUGUUUAAGAAUCAAUUAAGUGCCACAUUUUCUGUUAACUCCUCCAAUUUAAAAAAGACACAAAAUUAUAUAUAAUGGUGGUACCUGAAUAUUUUUCUAGUAGCGUCAUUCGUUGAAACUCCGUGUAAUUCAUAAUUAACAGGAGCUGUUGCUUUAAGGGGAUUUCUAUGAAACCAGUACGCCAUCUUUGUUGACGGAAGUAAAUAAAUAAGGGCAGGUACUAGAUGAGAUUGAGAGGAACAGGAGAUGACUAUGUGGCAACUCGAGCAAAAAUAACUUAUGACUCACAGACGGCGUGCGUCUUAAAAUUGCGUCUUCUUGGUCGAAAAGAUAAUGAUUUGACUUUGAAAUGAAUAUUAAAUUAAAAUGCCCUUUUAUUACAGAAAGUGAUAAUCCCCCUUUCUCUAAAACACGCAAAGUGCGUAGACUAAGCAAACAUAUGAAUAAGCAGCAAUGUGUGUAUUUAUGUAAAGAUGUACAUGGGGAUGCAAUCUCCUAAUGGCAAUGCUCUCCCCAAAACACCCCCCCCCCUUUUUUUUUUCAAGCCCAAACUACCCGCCUCUAAUUUUGAGCCUCAAAGCGGCACUUUUGAGAUCUCCUGGUAGAGUUAGGACAUUCCCGCCCGUAACUUCACUUUGGGGAUGCAAUCUCCUAAUGGCAAUCCUCCCCCCAAAACCCCCCCCCCCUUUUUUUUUUUCAAGCCCAAACUACCCGCCUCUAAUUUUGAGCCUCAAAGCGGCACUUUUGAGAUCUCCUGGUAGAGUUAGGACAUUCCCGCCCGUAACUUCACUGGUUCUGGCAUCCGUCCGUCACGAUGUGACGAUGGUGUAGACUUCGCAGGACUAAAUCCACAAGGCCUGGGAUUCUUCUUCUAGGAUUAUAAGCUGGUUCCCAUCAGCAAAUCCCAAAUAACACAAAAGAGGGGUGGGUGGGAUCUAAGCCUAAGGAUAUCCGGUAGCUCGGUGAUGUUGCUCCCACAUCAGCAAUCGACUUCCCGAGGGUUUCGGUAUUUACGUCCAUGUACCCCCCUCCCCGUUCAACCCGGGGCGUAGGACGCCCUCCAAUAGGGUUUUCUACAGUGAGUUUCUACCUCGUAAAUAGUUCACGAAGUAGCUGGGGCGAAAGGGAUUCCCCAGGAACAUUCUCCUCAAUGGCUGUGAGUAUAGAAUGAUUAGCAAGUGGCUGCCACUGCCUACCCCAUGGCUCAUAUUAGUCAUAGGCCCUAUCCGUAAUAGGCAACAUCAUAGUAAUCAUGAUCCCCACCCUGUUUCUACCGUUAUUUCAACUGCAGAUAUGAUCACAGCAGAUAACGACUCGCCCUGUCACUACAAUUUCUGCAGGUAGCAUGCAUGUCCUUUGUGUAUAGUAUUAAAGUAUAAUAGUCACCAUGUAAUAUAAUAGCCCUUGGCAGAGGCGUAGCGUGGUGGGGGCAGGGGGGACAGCUGUCUCCGGGCGCCAGCUAGUUAGGGGCGCCAAAAUGCGCUUUGAUAUUAUUUUAUUAAUGAAAAUAAUGGGUUUGAGAGUUGAAAAAAAGAAAAAGGGGCGCUAAAAAUGGAUCUUGUCCCCGGGCGCGAAUCUUGUCCCCGGGCGCCAAACACCCUCGCUACGCCACUGGCCCUUGGUAUUCUUCGCAUGCGAAAAACGAACACCAGUAUAAUUAUAAAAGUCACUAUUGUAUAGGCCUAUAUUAAUUAUAUACUAUAUUGAAAUCCGUUCAUAACAAAUCUAAGUAGCUAACUAAAGAAGCCCAAUAGAAAAUUUUGGUUGAUUGUUCAAUACAAAAAUAUAGAAAUUGAUUAUAGUAAUUUAAAACUAAAUAAAAGGUAUUUUUAGCAUAAAAUAAAAUAAAGAGCGAAAACAUUAUCAGAACAUUUGUCCUUCACCUUUACGAACUUCCUUUAUUAAAGAAAACGAAAGUGAAUAUUCAACCUGCCCAUUUUAGUAGAUUAGCAUUUUUUGAACUAUAAAAAAUUAUUUUAACUCUAAAUAUAUCUUGAUUUUACUUAGCCUGUUCAAUUCUAUAAUAAUUACCUGGUGCCUAUCUAUACCUUACUAAUAAUAUGUUUAUAUUUCAAAUAUUUAUAUCUAGGAUAACUUACUAAAACUAACUUAACUAAAUCUUACUUUGGCUUUGGUCUUGGUAUUCUUACUUAACUCAGAGACAGUGUCGACAGUGACUUGUUGGACGUUGUUGAACUUCUCUGCUGCACUGAGUCUGCUGUACAUUCACCAUUGCACUGUCACCUGUGUAUCCACCUGCUACCGGAAUUAAUUAUAUUUCAAAAUGGGGGAUGAAGAUGAUAAAGGUUACAGAUGGGAGACUGAAUAUGAAAAAACGUGGUUUGUAUUUGUGUAUUUAAAUUUAAAAAAAAAAAAGAUUUUGCUGCGUAAAUUCAUAAAUAAAAUAGAUAUUUAUUUCAGUUUACUAGACUAGAUAUAGCUAUAGAUAAGGACUUAAAGCAUAAGGAUGUACUCCUGUUUUAGUAAAAUUUUCCUCAAAAUUCAUUACAAAUAUCAUCUCUUAUCUACUACAGGGUGGGUCAAUAAAAGUGAGAACAUCUCGUAGCGUAAUAUUUUACGAGAUGUUCUCACUUUUAUUGGGCCACCCUGUACAAUUACUAUGAGCUCAGUAGAUUAAAUAUUUCUUUUUUUUAUUGAACAUCUUUAGCAUUUUAUGGUAUAUUGUCUGUACUUUGCUACACACACUGCCUGACUCUUUUUAACUUUGUUAUUCACCCACUUUGCUCAUUUUAUCUCUGGAAUAUAAACAAAACAAUUAUCAUUCAGGGCCGCACCUAGGUGGGGACAACCAUGUCACUUGUCAGGGGCCCAAGUUAGAUUGGAACCCUCCCUUUUUUAAUUUUUUUUUAUAUACGCUUUAAAAUAUAAGUACAUGUUUGAAACAUGAAAGGGGCCCGAACUCUGUCAGCUGCCUUGGGCCCAGAAUUUCCUAGGUGCGGGCCUAUAUCAUGAGUGCAAAAUCAUGACAUGAACGUGGUAAGAAAAUUUAUAAAGUGAAUUGUUAUUAAUCAGUCUUUUAACUGAUUGCUUUUUUAAAAAAAAAUUCAAAAUAGCAGAUUGAUAAAUUAAUAUGACUAAUUUUUAAUCUACUUGCCAACUUGCAUUUAUAACUCUAAUAAUGCAUAUCAGAUGUGUAUAUAAUAGGGAAGAGCUGCAUGAGGAUGAAUCUGGUUCCUUACAAGCCAGUGUGGAUGAUAUCCUUCACAGAGCCAAACGAAGGCUACUCCAGGAUCGUGUCACAAAUGUCAGACUGGGGAUGGUAAGGAAGAACAAAUUUGAAGUUAUUAUUAUUAGCACUUCUACUUUUUUCAUAUUAGUUUUUUUUUUCUUUGAAAGAAUAAAAAAAUUAUAGAUGCCAGUUAAUGUUAACUAAAAAUCCUUCUGAAUUUUUACAGAUGCGACACCUAUUCAUUGUCAUUGAUGCCUCAUCAGCUAUGUCUGAUCAAGACCUCAAACCAACUAGGUUGAUAGCAACACUUAAGGUACUGUAGUGUGCAUCCAACCCAGCAUUAAAAAUAUUGCUUCUUUCUUGCUUCAUAGCUUUAGUUUUUAUUAUAAAUAUCACUCUUCAAAAAAUAAUAAUUUUUGUUUGAAAUCUUAGUUAACAAAUAUGCCAGAUAUUUUCAUAUCUUUAUUUGGUAUCCUUUUUAAAAUUUAACCAUAGGGAUUCAGAGUCUUACCCAAAUCAAUUAUAACAGGACUAUAAACAGUGUUUUUUUAAAAUGAUUACUUCCCCUGAAUUGAACUUUUAGAUUUUCGCCAGGUCUUUAUGUUAUGCUGCAACUCAUGCCACAUUUUAGAUUUGGGCACUGUACUGUAAUGUGAAAAAAAGAAAAGUUGGAUUGUUCUGAGUAAAAAAAAAGAAAAUACCGGUAUACAUGAUUUAACAAUUAUUUUAAUAAAAGUUAUCAGUAGUUUCUGGCUACUAUGGAUAAGUUACUUAGCUGCUGCCACUAAAGUAACUUAUGUUAGUUAAUGUAUUAAUUCUUAAAUAAUGAGAUAAUUUAAAACCUAGGGCAUAACUUCAUUCUUUAAUUUCAACAAUGAACAAUUUUUAUUUCUAACAGCUUUUGGAAUUUUUUGUUGAAGAGUAUUUUGAUCAGAAUCCCAUCAGUCAACUUGGAUUGCUAAUUUCCAGGAAUAAGCGUGCUGAAAAAAUAACAGAACUUGGAGGUGAAAUUUAUUCCUUUUUGAUUUUGAAUAAAUGCAUAAGUCAAAUAAAAUGAACUUUAAAAAUAGUUCUGUAUAGGUAACAAUAAGAAUGUUAAAAAAAUAUCUCUCAUUUGAUACACAGGCAAUCCUAGACGACACAUAAAGGCAUUGGAAACACUGUCCACUCAAGCAUGUCAAGGAGAGUUUUCGUUACAGAACUCUUUAGAGCUGGCUUUGUCUACACUCAAGUAAGAACUUAUUAUUUGGCUAUGCUUUGCAAAUUGACUAGGGAAUAUUAUACUUUUAGGCUGUUUACGCUAUGCUGAACUCUAAGCUAAAUGUACAUUUUUUAAUACCUUGGCAUUAAAAUUUAAAAAAUUCAAUAUUUAAAACAAAUAUUAAAAAAUGACUUAAUUUAACAAUAAGAAAAUCAUGUCAGCAUUUGGAAAAGAGCUUUGAUGUUGAAAAUGUUAUGAGCAAAUAUUCAUAUUUAUAAUUAUAUCGCACCCUUCCGUCUUCAAGAGAUGAUGGAGUAGCUAUUGGCACUUCAUCAAAUAGCUUACAAGGCUAAUCCUGGAAUGGCAGUCUCCGCUGCACUUUCCAAAAGAGAACCUUAACUUCUGGUUAAAUUUAGCCUUCCGUAAUGCUCCUUUUGUUGCAAGGGCUUCUUUUUGCGCAUCUCCUGCCCGUUUGACUCCCUCAUACACUGCUGUUCACCAGUUGGAGCAUUGCUUAGCGAUGAUUUCCCAUUCGCUGAUUUCUGUGUUGGUGUCCCUCAUUUUCCUUUAACAAAAGUACUAAAAUUGCAGCUGUGGACAUCCAAUAAGUCUUGCCCCCUCUACCAACUCUCAAAACAGCAGAUUCUUUGGAAUAGAGCCUUCCUCCAUUCUCCAUACAUGGCCUAACUAGGGAAGGCCCCUCUUGCUUAGAGAGGCAUGCUUCAAAACUUCUGUAUCAGACAAUUUGUACUGCUAUCAAAUUUGCAAAUUGUUACGAAGCCAAAUUUAGAGGGAAGCAGUUGAGUUCCCAUUUAUGACACUGUCCACACUUCACUGCUAUGUAGGAUUGCACUCAGCACACAUUCCUGACAGACGCUUAGUUUUGUGCUUUAAUUUAGCUUUGUAAUCACUGAUCAUUACUCUAUAUGGUUUUAAUAUCCUUUAGAUGUAGCUUUACAAAUCCAAUUCAGAUAACCGAUUAUGAUGUUUAUCCAUAGCUGUGGUUGUUAGUUGUACUAUGCAAUGUAGCAAAACAUUUUAUGCUUCAAAAUUGUUUAAAGUUAUAGCUAGAAUCAAAGGUCUUUUUCCCUUUUUUUUUUGCGUGUCCUUAUUUAUUUUAGGCACAUGCCAAGUCAUGCUAGCAGAGAACUUUUGGUUAUAAUGGGGAGCCUGACAACUUGUGAUCCUGGUGACAUUAAAGAACAUAUAAAGGUAUUGUUCACACAAGAUUGUGUGUCUUUACUAAGGAAAUAUUCUGCUCUCUUUUGUGUUUUUUUUCCUUCCAUAUGGCUACCUCCUAUAUAAUCUUUUCAUGUCUGUUAGGUUCAUUGACAUGCUAUUUAGAAACUGCAACUGUGACUAAACUUUAUUGACAUUUUUAAAAAAUGCCUUCGUAACUUAAUCUGUUAUCUUUAUAAAAUGCAAUCACCUGAUUUUUUUCAAAUGAGGUUUGGCUAUUUUAUAAAUAGAGUAGAUGUUCCUGCAAUGAAUGCCUUAAACUUUUCAGAUAGUUGCAGAGGCUAACAUAAGAUGCUCGGUUAUUGGGUUAUCUGCAGAAGUCAGGAUCUGCAAAACAUUAUGUCAACGAACAGGAGGUACAUAUUUUCAAACCUAUAUUAGUCAAGUACAAAAAUGAAGCUACAUUUGUAAAAGGUUUCAUUUUUUUGAAAUGGCCAAUUUUAACAGCAGAAGCAUUUACCAAAAAAACACACAACAAAACUAUAUGCAACUUUCUCUGUAUCCAACUUGAUUAGUCAACAAUUGUAUGCUAAUUUAGAUUCUUUUUGAGUUUUUGCACAAGGUAAAUAAAUUUUUUUGCUGUGUCUAAGAUAAAAUGGAUCAUGAGCUAUAAAAUACCAGCAUUCUCCCGUUUACAGGCACUUAUAAUGUCAUUCUUGAUGAAUCUCACUUUAAAGAUUUACUUAGUCAACAUGUGACUCCACCACCAGCUACAGUAAGCGAACACAUUUUCUUUUAUUUUAAAAAAAUCAGCUAAAUUCAUGUUAAGCUUUUUGAAUUUUUUUUAUUGAUAUGGAAAAGCUUCCCUUUCAUGUAGAUAACUGCAUGCAUGACUUAUUAUUUGAUUAUAUGGUGCAUAAAGUUGCUCAGAUUUUAUUAUGGUAUUAUAUGGCAUUAAAGUUGCUCAUCCUGCACCAUUAUGUAUUUUCAGGCACACACAGAGUCAUCUCUUAUCAAAAUGGGUAAUUCUAAAUAACAUUUGGGCUAUUUAACUGUUAAAAACUUUUUCUGAAAUUAUAUAAAAUACAGGAGAAAUGUAAAAUUUAGCAUUUAAUUUUAAUCAUAUUAUUAACGUCACAUUGAAGAUGACGGCGGUGGGUUGUCCAGCGCGAGCUCUUAAUCCCGCACACCUCCACAUGGGCCAGACAACGGGUCUCCCUGCCGCCAGACCACGCAGAAGCACACCGGGAACCUCCCCCCUGGCCUGGGGGAAUCUGGUCGACUGAAAACGCUGCGUUUAAAGCGUUCGCGGUCCACUCUCCGUGGGUCAGAACGUCCAGGGAGUCGUGUGGUCGUGACAAAAAGCUGGAACGAAAGGUCGCCUAGGAGCAGCUUUCUCGGGGCCGCGUAGUUAAAUCAUUGGUAUGGGCUUUAACCGCCACCCAGACCUCAUAUCCAUUAACGGCAACAAGUAAUCCUGUUAUCGCGUUUCUCUUGUUGCGUUGGGAGUCAAGCAAGUGGGCGGGGUUUUUGGCUUCGGGAGGACAAUGCCUCCCUACUAGUCUGGCACGCCACGAAGAGGCAAACCCAUGUGACACCACCAAGUCGCAUCGGUGGUGCGGGUUCCUGACUUAGAGCGUUCAGUCAGAUUCCCCCAGUAAUUAUAUGACUUAUGACUAAACAAUUCUUUUCUUUCAAUUUCUAGUUUAGAACUCAUAAUUUUUACAAAUAAAUUGAUGUUAAGCUUCUUAUUUUAAGUGUGAUAGAAAAGUAAUUAUCAACUUUUAUCUCUUACUAGGAUUUCCUCACCAUACACUUGGAGGAGACAAAGAUACUGGGGAAAAGCCAUCCAUGUGUAUGUGGUAAGAGAAAAUUUGGUCCCCUUUUUUUUUGUAUUACAAAAGUAACUGAUUGGUGGUGAGGGGAUUUGGGAAUGGGGGCCAGAUGAACCGUACCAGUAUAGGCUUAAUCAUUUUAUUUGCACCAUAAGUGAUGCAUAAUUUGUUACUAUUUUAAAUUACAUAUUUUUAUACUCAUAAUAAAUGGAAAACGAGUUAUAAAGUCUUCAGUCGAAAUAUUUUUUUAACCAGUGAAAAAUAAAUGAAAAGGAAAUAAUUGUUCCAUAACAUGAUGUUCUAAGAAACCUCCUCAUAUUUCUUUAAAAAAACAACUCUUCUUUUUAAAGGGACUUAAGGCCAGGGCAGAUUAUGUAUAUGGUAAACAUGACAACAUGCUCAGGAAUCAUAAGCUCAAGGAGUCCUGGAUCCAUUCUUAAAUUUGUUCCACAGAUCAUCAACUGCUAUUCACAGGCAGUGUCGUUAUUGGUAGGAGCCUCUUUGUUGGCUGUGCCCAGAAAUGUUGAUAUAAAAAAAAAAAUCAGCCAUCUUGUUUCCAACAAUUUUUUUUAUUUGAUAUUUUAAAACAGUCAUCUAGACAGCAAAACAUCCCAGGGUUUCAGCACCACUGGAUACUUCUGUCCUCAGUGCAAAAGCAAAUACUGUGAGCUGCCAAUUGAAUGCAAGGCCUGCAGUAAGUUUCACUUAAUUAUAAUACAUAAUAUAUUCUAAUGAGAACAUGACAGCUGAUAAUUAUGUUUAAUUUUGCUUACUUUUUUAGCCUUCAAUGUUUCAAUUGAAGACCAUUUUAUAUCUUUUUUGAUGGCUUAUUUGAUUGUAAAAAUAUGUCUAUAUUUGGGGGUGGGGGGUGCAAUUUUUAUAUCCUGUUUAAGUGUAUGAUUUAUUUGUUGCCUAAAAUGUUAUUGUAUUCCCUACACAGGCUUAACUUUGGUCUCAGCUCCUCAUUUGGCCAGGUCUUAUCAUCAUUUAUUUCCACCUGAGCCUUACAAAGAAUUUCUCACAUCUGAUAUUGUAACAGAUGGGCAAGUGUAAGUCCAAGCAGUCAUUUCGUUUAAAAAAUAGUGGGGUAUUGAUGUCAUUUUCCAAUAUCAUGAUUGACAGACUAUAAUAUACAGCAUACAUAAAAUAUAUUCCUUUGUGCACCAAACUUAGGACAUUGCUAAAUCUGGAGAGAUUAUUUCUGUUUAUUCUCAUUAUUCAGAAGAAAAAAAAAUGUACCCCAUGAAAUAGUACUGUUCUUUGAAAAAAACAUUAAAUUAUUGUGAUGGAUGAUUAUUAAUACCAGCUGAGAGCCCUUUUAAGACUAAAAAAACUCUUGGUUUUUUAGGAGAAAUUAUUUAUGUUCAAUUUAUGCUAGGGUACACAUGAGGCUAUUGGAUUUUACCACCUGUGAUUAAUAUCUUUGUGAGCAUGCCAUUUCUCUUUGUUGCUUAACUAUAAUGUAUUCUUCUCUUCAGGUGCUGCUAUGCUUGUCAGAUUGAAAUAUUGGAUCCACAUGUGAGUAAUGAUUAAAUGAUUUUCGUAACCUUUACCAGUAUUCCGAUGUCUGGCAAAUAUUUAAAUUAUAAAAAAAAUUAUAAAAUUAAUUUUGGCUAUGUUAAAAUUCCAUCGGGUGAUAUCUUUCUUAUACACUUAUACCCUGCAUACAUUUUUUAUAUUAUUUGCUCAUUUCUUCUUCUUUCUUCUUCUUUAUUUUGAGGGCCCACGAUCAAUGAAUUGAUCAUUCUGGCUCCUAUUCGUUAAUUGCAGCAAACCAUUUAUUUUGAAUUGCUUUAAAUAUCAAGAUAGAUUGAUAUAAUUAUUUCUUCAAAUAUUCUUUUUUCUUCACUAUUUCAGGUUUAUGUAUGUGGGAAGUGUGAGAAGUAUUUUUGCCUAGACUGUGACUUGUUUGCCCAUGAAACACUUCAUUCCUGCCCAGGAUGUGCCAGCUCUAGGAACUUACAGACCAUUCAAGCAACUUCAAUUUCUUAGAAAGAAUUUUCUGGAAGUACCAUAUGCUGUGUUGUUGACUAUCCGAGCCAUUAGUCAAAAGAGGUCUUCCAACACAAUUUUGUUUUCAAAUAUUUCAAGAACUCCUGAUUUAAAAUCCACUCAUUGUAUCUUCCAAGAAAAGAGAAUUGCCAGAUUAAAUUAAUCAAUCAAGGCAAGAAGGGGAGAUAAAAGAAAAAAAAUGCUUCCAUAUUAAUUAUGGAUGUUAAUACUCCGUAGGGCAGUUUAUCUUAAAGUGUGGACCAACAAAUUUUAUUUGAAAAAAAAAAUAUAUAGUUUCACAUUGUUCUAUAUUUGUUUUUGUCCAUGAAAACCAUUGAACUAUAUCUGAUCUGAUGUAUAUUGUAAGCCACAUAUACAAUAUUUAAUGAACAUUUUCCCAUUUUAGAUAAAAUGGGACUCUGAUGGAAUUUGGAACAGGAUCUGGGCUUUUUGGUUGAAUGGAUUUCCCUGCUUUUUCAAAGAUCAUGGAUACUCUUGUCUGUAGCUGAUUGUCAUUUGUUUGUUGCUUUGAUCUGACCAUCUUAUAAGAUGGCUGAUCCUUUAAUUCCAAGAUAGCAGAUGUGAAUUUGGUUGAACUCUAUGACUUCCAAAAAUUCUAUUUGACCACUUUUACUCAAGAUAAAACACAAGAUUGUCAGUCCAAAGCACAUUUGACACAUUUACCACUCCUUGAUUCCAAAGAAAUCAUAAAAAAACUAUUACAAAAGCUGAAAAACUAAGCACAGGUGCAAUAGAGUCGCCUGCAAAUCUAUAAUUCAUUAAGUUAUAACUCUGUUAAAGCAUGGCACCAUUACUUGUAGCAGUAGGUUUUUAUUUACGAUACCACAUCUAGUGAAUUAUGUGGUAACUAAAAUCUAUCAGAUCAACUAUUUUCGAAUUUCAGAGGAUGAAGUAAAAUAUUGAGGGGAUCUUGUAAUAAUUAUAUGAUUAAGUUUUUCAAGGCAUUAAAAUUAUAGUGGCAUAUUUUUAUUGAAUUUUUAUUAAAAUUCUGCUUCAUAUUUUUUGCUAUUCUGUAUAAUACUCCUCACUUGAUUAUGGCUGUCCCCUUCGGAAAGAGGAGGCUCAUUGCUCUGAGGGAAGUAAGUCUAAAUUGUAACUUAAAAAGUUCAUCUAAAAUGUUGAUGUUAUGCUUUUAUUUUUAUAUGAAUAAAAAAAUGCUGGAA